ACCAAAGUUGGACAAUACUUACUCUUUCGGCUGUCUUUCUUUUCCCGCUUUUUCGGUUUUUUCUUUUUCCCAUACAUUUUUCUUUGUCUCCUCUGGCCUGUAACAUGAUUUCUGUGCGCGAGUGCGUGGCCAUCGCUACGUGUGGCACGACGACACGUCUGCUGUUGUUGCUCGCCUCUGCUGCGCUACUCGUCUCUACUGGAUCAUGCCAGAAUGCAGAGCCAAACAGGCGCCCCAACAAUUUCAGGAAUUCGCAUGUUGCCAUGGACUACAACGGCCGGAAUGACGAAACGUGGCAGAGGCGCCUCGAGGGAUCGACAAGUCCUGAGUCAUCCUCGGAGGACGAGCUAGUCCCAUCGAGGGAGGAGGUGGCUCGACCGUCACUAAGCCACGCGGGAGGAACCGGGAACGAAGAUGGACCUCUGCUGCUGCUACCUUCGAGUCACGGGAAAUUCCAGCCGGAGCUCUACAGUAAAAAUUCUCGUCAAGCGCAGAAAGACCGUCGCCGGAAGAAGCGCCGACGAGGCAAGCAGCCCUGGAGCGGAGAAACCGACGAGCCGGAGAGCGAGAACCUGGUGAACGUCGGCGGUCGAUUUCGGGGGAAGAAGAAGCAGAGCGGCGAGGACGCCCCGUCAUUGACCAGCAGCUCGUCGACGAACGGGAUGAGGAAGCCGGGGAGUAGCAGGGCAGGUAAAUACAGGGAGGAGCGUCGAAGGCGCAGGAGGAACAGGAAGCGCACGCGGAGUCGAGUGAGGCUUGAGAACAGGAGGGAGGAGCGCAAGUGGCGGGACAACCCGAUUGUCAGGCUGAUCAAGAUACUCAACGAGCAGAAAAUCGACGAGGCCAGGAUGCUCAGCGAGAACCCCUUGAAUCUGUCGAGCACGGCUAGAUUAGCUGGCACUGCUGCACCUGCACGGGUCCCAGACGUCUUGAACGCCACCUCGUCGUCCAGCUUGUUUUCCCAGCUGACGACCGAACCACGUGUUCCUGUACUACCAGAGCCCACCAUCCGAUACCACAACCAGCCCAGCGACGUCGAGCGAGAGUUCUCGAGGCAAGUGGAACGUGAGUACACGCGCGCCCAGUUGACCGAGAAGUCAUUGUCAGAAGAAGGCGAUGAGGAGGAGGACGGUGAGGAGAUCGGGGAGUCUCCCAGGUUUGACGAGCAGUACGCCCAGGUGGCAAAACAGCCCAGCGCACCAUUUGACCCCGAAAGGAUGCUAGGCUACUCGAGGACGGACGAGGACCUGCCGAUCUUGGACAUGGAGAACGAGGUACUGCAGAGGACCAUCAAGGACUACAACGCCUACAUGCAGAGCUCGAGUCUGGCCAGGAAUAAGGAGCAGGUGCAGAGCCCCGAUCGUGGACAGUUCAUUCCUGAACCAUCCCCAUCCUCGUCUUUGAGGUCAAUGGAGCCCAUGGCCCCACCAGAGAGCGAAGACGAGCUGCGUGGCGACCUUUCCUGCAUAAAUGGCACCUUCAUGCCAGCGCCGCUCGUACAGCACGCGGUCAUCAAAUAUGUUAAGUCCUCGAGCCCGAGUCCUGAGUACCUCGAGGCCGACUACGAGUGCGAACAUGGCUAUGAUAUGCUGGGCAACGGCAGCAAUCGGCUACUUUGCCGGGACCGGCGCUGGAUCGGUAAGCUUCCCGUGUGCAAGUAUCGGGUGGACGACGAGGGUAGCUGCGCCGAGUUGGGCUGCGAUCAACUGUGCAGGAUUGUGGCCGGCAGGGCCGAGUGCCUCUGCCGCGAGGGAUACCGUCUUGAGGAUCGCAAGUGCAUUGACAUCGACGAGUGUCUGGCAAACGAGGGUCGCGGUCCCUGCGAGGACACGUGUCGCAACGUCGCGGGUGGCUACUUUUGCUCCUGCGAGGGGCUCCCAAUGGCCACUCUCGCGCCGGACAACCACAUGUGUCAGGAGCCACCGGCAACGACUGCCCGGGACACUGGGGACGGGGUGGACGGAAGCCUAUGCAAUUACGACAACGCCGGGUGCUCGCACACGUGUCUCGCGAGCAUGGGUCGGGUCUUCUGCCUCUGUCCCUACGGCUUCAUGCUCGAGGACGACUGGAAGACCUGUCAAGACGUCGACGAGUGUGCUGUACCGGAUCUUCAGACGGAAGUCUGCCGGUGGGGCUGCAUCAACACCCCAGGCUCGUACAGAUGCACUCAACCACCUUUGCACGUGACUGCCCAGGACCUGGUCUGGGCAACUGUGGCUAAAAAUAAAGGUGACUGCCGGUUCGGAUUUGAGCCUUCCGACAACAAGAGCUGCAUUGACGUAGACGAGUGCUCGAUAGAGAACGGCGGCUGCAGCGAGGUGUGCGAGAACACCGAGGGCAGCUACUUUUGUGCCUGCGAGGGCGACGAGAGAGUCCUGGCCCCGGACAGACGGAGCUGCGUAGGUGAGGACUCCGGCGUCACGUGCUCGCUCCUCAACCCAGCGGGCCGGGGUCAGCUCAUCUGCUCGGACACCGGCUAUGAAUAUCCCUGGAGGAGGAGGAGGAGGAGCAAAAACAAGCCCGGGACAAAGUGUCACCUCAAGUGUCCCCGUGGGUACGAGCUUCACGGGGAGUUUGAGCUCACCUGUUUGGCCGAUGGCACCUGGGACGGGCCCAAACACGGCGAGUGCCUACGGUACAGCAAGCCGAGGCUGGAUUGUCCGAAGGACGUGAUUGCCGAGCUGCCCCCGGGCAGGGACGAGGCUUUCGUGACAUACGACCAGCCAUCGACGGAUCUGGAUUGGUUCCGCUACGUGCGCUCGAAGCCGUCCUGGGGCACGAGGCUGGAGGCCAAUCUCAAGAGGGGCACCCACGAGAUCACCUUCUUGGCCCGGCAUCCGGUAUCUAAGAAGCAGGCCACCUGCACCCUCAAGAUCAACGUUCAAGAGGGACAAGCACCGAAGGUCCAGGGUUGCCCAGGAGAUAUCGAGAUCACGGGGAAAAAUGGCUCGGCGAUCACAUGGAUCGAGCCGGUUUUCACGGAUAACGUCAAGGUCACUCGUGUGACAAGCAACGAGAGUCCAGGUCGCACCUUCAGCAUCGGUGGGCACAAGAUUGAGUACGAGGCGGCAGAUGACGCUGGCUGGACUACCAAGUGCAUCUUCACUGUUGUGCUGCGACCAGUUAGCGGUUAAAUAAAAGAAAUGAAAAAAAUCAGAAAAAAAAAAAUAAAUGUCACCGUCGACGAGGUGAGGAAAGUCCUGGACUGGAAGGCAAUAUAAAUGGAAAUUAUGGGAGGGAAAAAGCGAGGAUGGCUUGGUCGCAAUUUUUCGCUACCAAGAGAAACGCUAAUGGAUUUUUUGCGGACCACGACGCUGAUGUGAGCCGAACAAAUCUGAUGCCACUGACUUCAGGCUACGCAGAGAAGCCGAGUUGCUCAUUAUUGUACUGACUAUCCGAGCGGUUUUUUAAAUUUUUUUAUUUUCAAGCAGUUUAUAAACAGCUCGUUUGGAAUUUGAAGUUUGAUCGGGUAAUUUGUGUCUGUUAGUUGAUACUAAUUGUCUACUGAUUGGCAGAACCGUUCCCGCUAUAUUGGUAAGGUACAAGUAAUGUGUAAAUAUUUAUGAAUAUUGCAACGGUGGAUUAAACUUAUCAUACUAAAGAUACUGAAACCCUUUACUGCCACACACAUAUAAUACAAAAAUAAAAGGUUUUGUUAAAUUUAAUUUUUAAAUGAAAGUAUGCACUUAAUCCUGACUCUUUUCGUAUCGUUACGACAUAUGAGCACGUGAUGUUUCGCACUUUAAUUUUAACAGUUACUUAUUUCAUUUAAAGAUUACCAGAACUCAAAAUAUUUUAAUAUAUACAUAAAUAUAUUCCAAAGAUUCGUUAUAAACAUAUAUUUAUUCUAGUAUUGUAAACACGUAAAGUAUAAGCAUAUUUUUUACAAUAAAAACUACCACACAAUGUUAAAGUGUUGUAAUAUUAUAAUAAUAAAUUGGAAAGAUUUAGAACUUAGUAAUAUUUGUAUUUCAAGUAAUAAAAUUAUUUUAAGAUGGCUAAGUCUCUAAUACCAAACCUAUGUGAAACUUUGACAGUAUUAAAUGUAGAUGUGUGUUGUGAUUGAAAAUUUUCAGAAGAAGAAGACAGUUGUGUAAUAAAAACUACAAUAAUUAUAA